GACGCGUUUCCUCCCCCUCCAUCACUCAUGUCUCUCAAAGUGCCCAAAGCGAGCAACGUCCCCAUCUUCAAAGAUGGUUACAAGCACCUUCAAGGGCUCGAUGAAGCCGUUCUCCGAAACAUCGAGGCCGUUGUCGAACUUUCUGACCUUGUCCGCACAAGUUUUGGUCCCAACGGCCGAAACAAGCUCAUUGUCAACCACCUGGGGAAACUGUUUGUGACUUCGGAUGCGGCUACGAUCAUCCGCGAGAUCGAGGUCGUGCACCCUGCAGCCAAGUUGUUGGUCAUGGCCUCGCAAGCUCAGGAAUCGGAGAUGGGAGACUCGACGAAUCUGGUCAUCAUCCUUGGAGGAGAACUUCUGAAGAAGGCUGAAAAUCUCCUGGUGUCUGGGCUCAAACCGGCGGAUAUCAUCCAGGGCUACGAGCUUGCAUGUGCAAAGGCUUUGACGGAGCUAGACAAUCUGUCCACAUUCAACCUGCCGACACCCUUGACACCCUCAACUUUGGCUGCUGCACUGAAGCCAGCAAUCGCCUCGAAACAAUAUGGUUACGAAGAUCAGUUAGCCAACCUCAUAACUGAGGCUGCGCUUGCGAUCAUGCCGACAAAUCCUAAAAACUUCAACGUUGACAACGUCCGAGUGGUCAAAAUCAUGGGUGGCAGCCUUGGAGCCAGUCGUGUGGUUCAGGGCAUGGUAUUUCCCAGAGAACCUGAAGGCACCGUCAAAUCCGCCAAAAGAGCCAAAGUCGCUGUGUUCACUUCGGCUCUUGACAACGCCCAAACAGAGACAAAAGGAACUGUGCUCAUAAAAAAUGCAGAGGAGAUGCUGAACUUUACGACUGGAGAAGAAAAACAUCUGGAAAUGAUUAUCUCCCAAAUCGCGGAUUCCGGAGUGUCUGUGAUCAUUGGCGGGUCAUCCAUGUCAGAUCUUACGCUGCACUACCUGAACCGAUAUAAUAUCGCCGUGCUCAAAGUUCUGUCCAAAUUCGAUCUUCGCCGGCUGUGCCGAGUAAUUGGUGCGACGCCAUUAGCACGCAUGGGUCCCCCUACGCCCGAAGAAAUGGGCUACGUCGAUAUCUUCGAGACGAUCGAAAUAGGUGGCGAUCGUGUCACCGUUCUCCGCCAGCUGAUCGAUGGCGACGAGGGCUACAACCCAACCAGCAAAGCUGAUCCGACCCGGACAGCAACUAUUGUGCUACGCGGAGCCACGACGAACCGAUUGGAUGACCUCGAGCGAGCCAUUGACGACGGCGCCAACGUCCUGAAAGGGUUGAUCAAGGACGGACGGAUGGUCCCUGGAGCUGGCGCCGUCGAGAUUGAGCUGGCGAAGCGUAUCGAGAACUAUGGAGCUGGGCUCAAAGGCCUGCCGCAGCAUGGUGUGCGCAAGUUCGCCAAUGCACUGGAGUGUGUGCCGCGGACGCUGGCGGAGAAUGCUCUUGGUGGUGCUGAGGGUAACGAGGUUGUGAGCAGACUCUGGGCCAAGCACGAGGCCGGCAGCGCCCCCUGGGGUGUCGACGUUGAAAACGAGACCGAUGGCACACUUGACACCGCUGCUCACAAGAUCUUCGACUCGCUUGCGUCCAAAGCAUGGGCCAUACGGCUUGCCACGGAAGCCGCAGUCUCAGUGCUCAAUGUCGAUAGCAUCAUCAUGAGCAAGCCUGCAGGUGGCCCGAAGAUCCCUCAGCAAGCGGGCAAUUGGGACAACGAUGACUAAGACAAAUGUAUUACAGCUACUGUAUAGAAAGAAUUGCUAAUAUCCUUGUAAGACGCGUCUGCGAAUACGCACUGAUGAUGAAUAUCACGAGGUCGUCUCACAAAUCAGAAUCGGGGAUUAUAUCCGAUCGUCAGUUUGACAUCAACCAAACGCGUCUUCUCUCUCUUCCACCGUCUAACAUCAUGCCUACCACUGCCAUUGCCGACUUUGCUGCGUUCCAGGAGGCGAUUAACAGCGAGACCCCCGUUAUCAUCGAUUUCUGGGCAACUUGGUGUGGACCGUGCAAAAUGAUCAGCCCUAUAUUCGAGAAGCUUUCCAACUCUCCGGAAAAUGCCGCUCUCAAGUUCUACAAGGUCGACACGGAUGCGAAUGAGCGCGCCGCGACGGAGGCUGGUGUCCGCGUGAUGCCGACCUUCAUGGUUUUCCAUAAGGGAAACAAGAUCGCCGAGUCUCCUGGUGCCGUUCCUCAGAAACUCGCUGCUUUGAUCAAAGAGGGUGUCGCCGCUGCCACAGAAUCCGCUACUGCCAAAGAAUCCGCUGCUGCCGUUGAGGCGCCUGCCGCCGAAUCGUCUGCAUGAAAGUGGCUCUAGGUAGUCGCAUAGAGCGUCCUCUAAGUAGAUAACCGUCGACUGUAACAAAUCAAUGUAUGGAGGUUGUUGUCCGUGAGUGUGACAACUUCGCACCUUGGCGAUUGAAGAAUCGUCGUAAGUCGGUGUGCAGAAUCCAUGACCGGGCAUGCUGCCAAGUACAAUCUUUCGGCUUUUCGGUGAG